ACUCAGCGCGCGGUGAGCGAUCGGCGGGCGGGGCCGGCUCAGGUGCCGUGGCACGGGACGGCCGCGGUGGGCAAGGGGGCGGUCGCGCCGCGACGUCGGCGGCGUGAGGCUUCGCGCGCGUAAGCGGCGCGGGCGCCGGGCCUGGCGGCCGAGCUCCGGUGGCGGGCGCGCAGGUCGUUGACGCGGGCCCCGGCUGGGAGGCGCGUCCGUCGCUGGGAGCGCGGCGUCGAGGUUCUCGGACCAUGGAGGACCCGCAGCCGCUGCCACAGCCGGAGCUGCCGCUGUGUGACAGCCUCAUCAUCUGGCUGCAGACAUUCAAGACUGCCUCACCCUGUCAGGAUGUCAAACAGCUGACUAAUGGAGUGACCAUGGCACAAGUUCUUCAUCAAAUUGACGUAGCCUGGUUCGACGAAUCUUGGUUAAGCCGAAUUAAAGAUGAUGUUGGUGACAACUGGAGAAUAAAGGCUAGUAACUUAAAGAAGGUCCUCCAUGGAAUUACAAGUUAUUAUCACGAGUUUUUGGGGCAGCAGAUUUCUGAAGAACUUAUUCCCGAUUUAAACCAAAUAACUGAGUGUUCAGACCCUGUCGAGCUUGGGCGGUUGCUUCAGCUUAUUCUAGGCUGUGCAGUCAACUGUGAAAGGAAGCAAGAGCAUAUUAAAAAUAUAAUGACCCUGGAAGAAUCUGUUCAGCAUGUGGUCAUGACUGCAAUUCAGGAGUUGAUGAGUAAAGAAAUAGUGAACUCUCCUGCAAGUGACACCGUUGGAGAAUUAGAGCAACAGCUUAAAAGGGCCCUAGAAGAGCUUCAGGAAGCCAUAGCAGAAAAGGAAGAGCUAAAGCAAAGGUGCCAGGAACUGGAUAUGCAGGUGACUGCACUUCAGGAUGAGAAGAAUUCACUGGUCUCUGAGAACGAGAUGAUGAAUGAAAAGCUUGACCAGUUGGAUGGCUCUUUUGAUGAUCCAAAUACAAUGGUUGCGAGAAAGUAUUUUCAUGCACAGUUACAACUAGAACAAUUACAAGAAGAAAACUACAGGCUUGAAGCUGCAAAAGAUGAUUACCGUGUUCACUGUGAGGAACUUGAAAAGCAGCUGAUUGAAUUUCAGCACAGGAAUGAUGAGCUGACAAGCCUUGCUGAGGAAACCAGAGCUCUGAAAGAUGAGAUAGAUAUUCUUAGGGCUACCUCAGACAAAGCAAAUAAACUGGAGUCAACAGUAGAGGUGUAUCGUCAGAAGCUACAAGAUCUAAAUGACCUCCGCAAGCAGGUGAAAUCUUUACAGGAGACAAAUAUGAUGUAUAUGCACAACACUGUGAGCUUGGAAGAGGAGCUCAAGAAGGCCAAUGCAGCGCGUGCACAGCUAGAGACCUAUAAACGCCAGGUUCAGGACCUUCACACUAAGUUGUCCUCGGAGUCUAAAAGGGCAGAUACACUAGCUUUUGAGAUGAAGCGGCUUGAAGAAAAACAUGAAGCUUUACUCAAGGAAAAAGAGAGACUGAUAGAACAGCGUGACACUCUGAAAGAGACGAAUGAGGAGCUACGGUGCUCACAAGCACAGCAAGAUCACCUACACCAAGCUGAUGUGUCUGCUACAAAAAGUUAUGAGACCCUCGCUGCUGAGAUCAUGCCAGUGGAGUACAGAGAGGUGUUCAUUCGACUGCAGCAUGAGAACAAAAUGCUUCGCCUGCAGCAGGAAGGGACGGAGAAUGAACGCAUCGAGCAGCUGCAGGAGCAGCUGGAGCAGAAGCACCGCAAGAUGAACGAGCUGGAAACUGAGCAAAGAUUGAGCAAAGCGCGCAUUGGAGAAUUGCAGCAGCAAAUUGAGGACCUCCAGAAGUCGUUACAAGAACAGGGCUCCAAGACUGAAGGCGAAAGUUCCAGCAAACUAAAGCGGAAGUUGGAAGCUCAUAUGGAAAAGCUAACAGAAGUCCAUGAAGAAUUACAGAAGAAACAGGAGCUCAUUGAAGACCUUCAGCCAGAUAUAAGUCAGAAUACACAAAAGAUCAAUGAACUUGAAGCUGCUCUCCAGAAGAAAGAUGAAGACAUGAAAGCAAUGGAGGAGAGAUACAAGAUGUACUUAGAGAAAGCCAGAAAUGUAAUAAAAACUUUAGAUCCCAAAUUAAAUCCAGCAUCAGCAGAAAUAAUGCUACUUAGAAAGCAGCUGGCGGAGAAGGAAAGAAGAAUUGAGAUUCUAGAGAGUGAAUGUAAAGUAGCCAAAUUCCGUGACUAUGAGGAAAAACUCAUUGUUUCUGCCUGGUAUAACAAGAGCCUGGCGUUUCAGAAACUGGGCAUGGAAUCUCGGCUUGUGAGUAGCGCUGGUGCUUGCAAAGACACCGGUGUGGGCCCUCCUCCUCGGUCCUUCUUAGCACAGCAGCGGCACAUCACCAGCACCCGGAGGAACCUGUCUGUUAAAGUCCCAGCCGCAGCAUCUGACUAGUCUACAAACAAACACGAACAGAAGUGCCUCAAAAUGUUUUGUACCCCAAGAAACUACCAGACGAAAAACAAAGGUUAAAAUGCUUGGUAUCAACUAGUUUUGUUUGGAUUUUGUUUUGAGAUAGGGUCUCCUAUACCACAAACUGGCAUUGAAUUUACAACAUAUUCAGGGAUGACCUGGAACAUUGAUCAGUCCUUCCGUCACUUCCUGCAUGCUGGUUUCUAUAGUGCUGGGGAUCAAAACCUGCCCUGUAAGUCAGGUGACCUACCAGCUGAUCUACAUUCCCAGUAUUGGUAUCAACUAUUUUUAAGUCAAUAUAUAUCAAAUUAAUAUUUAAGUUUACUCUAACUAAAAAAUACAGAAUCAGCUGUCUCUGGGCAGUACUUUUGAGUACGUGGAAGUGUGAUAAAGCAAAUAUUUGUCUUGAGAUGGCAUCAUGGGAAAGCAGCUACAUAUUUCAGCUUUACGCUUCUAGUUGUAACAGCAAGUCAGUUAAUUUGUAAUUUAGUAGUACGUCUAGAUUUGCCUUGUGGGAAGCAGUAAGGCAUGUAGAGCAGACCUGUGCAAGGCAGAUUCUUUGUGUGUACAGAGCGUUCCUCUACUUGCCAAUUCUGCCCUCAAGAGGAGACUGUCAAGCUGUGGAAGGAAGCUCUAACGCUUGGAAGAUUUUACCGUUGGAGUGACUUUGUCCUGUCGGAGUGACUGACUAGACAUUCGCAGUUUCUCCGAGAUGUAUCUCAGUUUGCACAUGCACUGCUGUGGAUGAAGGCUGCAGGGCUUGACGGGGACUUUAAAGUGGGAAGUAAGCUGUGUUGUAAAAGGGAACUUUCUGUUGGAAAGCAAACUAGAAUACAUGUUGAAUUUCCACGUGCUUUUGAGCAUGAAGUUGUUGUGGCGUUUGCUUUCUAAGAAGGGGUAGAUCAUGUAUAAUGUUGCCUCAUUGAAAAGAAACAAUGAUGUAAUAGCUUAGGACAGGUUCAGUUCCUGCUUACCUCUGGGAAGGGUCUGGAGCUGGAUUCGUGGUGUUCAGGUCAUUUCUGCCCAGCAUUGGUCUUUUCAGAGAGGUUUCUCUCUCGUUUAGGGUCACUUUUUAAAGUCACACUUUGGAAUAUUAGUUGUUAAAUCAGUAUUGCCUGAUGUAGCCACAAGUGGUCCGUGCUUGUGUCAGACACAUUUCCAGCACUUCGUAGGCACAUUCUUUGAUCCUUAGACUACAAAAGUAAGAAGUGUUGCACCGUUUCAUAUCUAGAGAGAGAAAGCAGGAGGUGCAGGAGUGCAGCAAACAGUAGUGUCACAGCCCUGUGUACCUUGACCGCCAGCAGGCAUUCUGUGAGGGGCUGUGCUUGUGGGCUGCUCCCUCCUUGUUGGAUCGGCUCCUCACAUCUCCCUCCCCUCGUACCACCAAAGAGGAGAUGUAAACCAAAUGGGUGUAAGUCAGAUUGAGCUGAUGAGCUAUAGAGCUGUGGUCUCCGUUUUAUUCUUAGUCCUUCAUAAAUAUGAGUAUUGCUCUCUUUGAAGUGUUAACUCGUGUAGAUAACUGCCUUUAAAUUCUUGCCCAGUAAUUUUUUAACGACUUAAAAAAAAUUCACAGUGAUUUGGGGUCUUUAGCAGCAUCUGCCGGGAUAAUUUGUUUUAUCAGGGUUCCUUCUGUUGACUACCUCUUAGAUUUGAUGCUUUGUGCAUUUAAACUGUUGGUUUGCAGUUUUGUAUGUUCUUAUGCUGUCUGCUUGCCCGUGUCUUUUAGUAAAAUAAGACUUUGAAAAUACUUUAGCAUGCUAUUUAAUAUUUUCUAAAAAUUGUGGCAUUUGGGUAUAUUUUUGUUAUUGAAGAUAUAUUGAUGUGUUUGUAAUUGCUUAUAAUUGAGAUUUUACAAAUCCCCUUUUAAUGGAACUUAUUGUAAAAGAUCAACUUCAAUAAAUUACUGUUUCUAGUGCAAUUGCUCAUAAAUUUCUAAAUAAUGUAGCAUAAAUACGAACAUAAGGAUAGGUUCUUUUUUUCUUAAUAAAGAAAAGGCAAAUUUUCUGAUUUUUCUAGUUUUAAGUAGACUUUCAAAUGUUUGAUACGUGUUUAUACAAAACUAUGUAAAGUUCUAUAUAAUUGAGACUAAUCACAAAAAUUCAGGCAGGCAGUAAUCGGGGUGAGAUUCUUUCCGUGUGUGGCUGCUGCAGUGAUACUGGUGCCCUGCCAGGUAUAAACCAGGUAUAAAGUGUUUCAUCUGGAACCGUCAUUUCUACAGUGUGUUCAGGAAGGAUUGAAUGACAAUAAACAUGGAAUUGACAAAAAUUUAUGUUCCGGUGAUUAUAAAGUUAUAAACAAUCUUGAAUUUCAAGCAGUUGUCCUUGAAUUGAUACUCCUUUCUCUUUUUGGAUAUAAUUAUGACAAAUUGUUUAUCUUGGGAUUAACUUAAUAUAUUGAUAAAUAUUUGAAGUUGAUUCUAUGGUUUAGUGUAAAUUAAAAACGUCUUGCCUGGCAUCCUUUAGCUGAGUAUCCCUUAGUAAGAUCUGGUCAGCCAUUGAUGACUGGAUGUUAAACUCUUCACAAACACUCCUACUUCUGUGUAAUGGUACAUCUGGCCUUUUGGGCGUGAUGGUGGUUUAGGUCAGAAGAGUAUCAUUUUAUGUAGAAAUGAAUGUAUAUGGCUUGUUAUACAUACAGUCUUACUGUGAUCCUGUUUGUUGCACAGAAAUAGUUUGGACAUUUUAAAGCACAAAUCAUCAGAGGAAAUAGUGUGUAGUUAUUAAACUUGAGGAAGUUUCAGUGCAGUGUUUAGUUUAUAAAAAGGUCCUUUCUAUUUUCUAUGGCAAAUACUGUCACACUUGAAAAAUAGAAGCAAUACUUGAUUUAUUUUUUUAAGUAUUUAGAAUAUUAUUUUAAAUAAAUGUCAAUAUAAUUGUGAAAUGUUUUAAGUAAAUAAACUUCUGCUUCUGCAUCA